CUCGGCAAGUUGCCUUUUGUUCUCGACGCGUCGCACAACUCACCACCCUCCCACGCUCUUUCACCAUGUCGAGCAUCGUCGCCGGUCUCGACAGCAUUACCACCCGUCUCGCAGCGUUGUGCGACAAUCCUGACAUCCCAUAUGAGACCUUAGUGCUCGGCCUUAGUGCCCUUACCACCGUUUGGGAGCUAUAUGUCUCGAGCCGGCAGAUGGCGUGCUACUCGAUUCCUCUUCCGCCCCCAGAGCUGCAGCACCAUCUCAAGAAGGAGACGUACGACAAGGCGCAAGCAUACGGCAAGGACAAGCUGACGUUCAACGUCCGCCAGACCGUCUUCAACUUCGUGCUCGGCUUUGUGCUCAUCAAGGCGCGCCUGUUUACGCGCGCAUGGGACUGGACCGCGUCCAUUAUGGACGCGGUAGGGCUUGACCAGAGCCGCGUCAUCACCCACUCGCUCUUCUGGAUCACGUUGACGUCGAUCGUGAGCGCCGUGCCCAACCUGUUCUGGAUGUACUACUACACGUUUGUCAUCGAAGAGCGCCACGGGUUCAACAAGACGACCAAGAAGCUCUGGGUCACCGACCAGAUCAAGACGUUUGUCCUCGCCGUCGUGCUCGGCUUGCCGUUCCUCGCUGGAUUCCUCAAGGUCAUCGAGUUGGCCGGCAAGAACUUUGUCCCUUGGCUCAUGCUCUUCCUUGUCUCGGUUCAGCUGAUUCUCCAAAUCAUCUUCCCCAUCUUCAUCCAGCCGCUCUUCAACAAGUUCACCCCCGUCCCCGAGGGCGAAGUGCGCCAGCGCGUCGAAAAGCUGUCCAACAAGCUCCAGUUCCCCCUCAAGCACCUCUACGUGAUCGACGGGAGCAAGCGCUCGUCGCACUCGAACGCCUACUUCUACGGCCUGCCGUGGUCGAAGCAGAUCGUGCUGUACGACACGCUGCUGGACCAGAACACGCCCUCCGAGGUCGAGGCGGUGCUCGCGCACGAGCUAGGCCACUGGAAGUUCUGGCAUCCGACGCGGCUUCUCCUCAUCGCGCAGGGCAACUUGCUGUGGACACUUGGGCUCUUCGCCGUGUUCAUCCACAACAAGUCUCUCUUUGCAUCUUUUGGUUUUGACCCGCGCCUCGCCGUUGGCUCUCCCGUCGGUGGUCCGCAGCCCAUCUUGAUCGGUUUCAUGCUCUACCAGCUUCUCUUCGAACCCCUCGACACCUUUGUCAAGUUCUUCAUCAACUCCAAGACCCGCAAAUACGAGUACCAAGCUGACGAGUUCGCCGUGCGCCUCGGACACGCCAAGGACCUCGGUGCCGCCCUCAUCAAGCUGCACGUCGAGAACCUGUCGUCGCCGCACAGCGACAAGCUCUUCUCCAAGUACCACCACUCGCACCCGACGCUCCCGGAGCGCCUGCGCGCCAUGAACGAGUUCGAGGGCGGCGACUGGCUUACCAAGAACCAGUCGGCCAAGAUCGAGGAGAUCAAGGCCAAGGAGAAGAAGGAGCUGUAG